UUCAUUCCAAGGUUAGUAGAAACUGAAAGUGGAGACACGGAAGCUCAGGAGGGAAGCCGUAGGAGGGACAUGGAGUCUGCCUGGUCAUGCUAUUCGCUCAUGGCGCUCACACAGCUGCAGACUGCAGUCACAGACUCCUGACAUGGGCUGUGCUGGGCGGCAGCCACUUCUACCAGACACCUCAAGAUGACUACAACCCACCAGCUCAUAUACCCACCUCCCAGACAAUGGUAAAUGUUUUCCUCAAAUAUAGUAUCGCCAUUCCCUUCCUGAUAAUAUUGUUGACAAGAGCCAUUUCCCAUUCCUGUGUAUACAAUAAAACCGCAAUGUUGAUCACUCAUCGGUUUGUCUUGACAAGGAUCAUUGAGAAUGUGGAAGAUUCACUGAAGACGAAUUUUAGCACUUGCUGCAACACAAGAAAAGAUACAAGUCCAACAUUUGUGGAUGUAUGCAACAAUUUCACAAAGGUAGACGAGACACGAAGAAACUUUAGCGCAAACUGCUACAAUAAUUCCAGAAAUAAAACAUAUUGUUGUCAAUUCAAGAACUUGUUUUACGUGGGCUGCUUACUCGGGCACUACACAAGACAUCUAAAGCCCAAUAAGUCAUCUGCAAUUGCUGAACUGAAAAGUAGACUAAACGAUCUUGUACAGCACAACAAUGACUAUCUCUGCGUCAAACCUAUAAGAAAGAAACAGAAACGACUAAGAAAAAGACACACGCAAGAGCACAAAACUCCUCGUAAUCACAAGUGUCGCAGGGAAAUCUGCAAACUAAAUGACACCCUUCAAAGAUACGUAGCAAGUUGGCAAGAGUUCAGCGCUUCCACUGACUGCACAUAAUGGUCUUUAUCAAAUAACUUGGUUCUCCGAAGGAAAUCAAUAUACUUGUAAAUAUAACUUUUACUGAACAAU